UGUUUAUGCCCAUAGACCGGGAAGCCCUUGAGAAUAGGAAAGCUAUUAAUAUUGCUUUCUUGACUCAGUUGGCCUCAGACAUUAGGAGGAAGUUACAAAAAUUGGAAGGCUUUGAAGGGAAAAAUUUAAGUGAACUAGUAGAAAUAGCUCAGUGGGUUUUCAAUAAUUGUGAUGACUCAGAUACUGCUCAGACUAAGAAAAUGACCAAAAUUUUGGUAGCAGCAAUAAACGAAGGACCUAAACAAAGAGGAAAUAAAAAUUGGAAUCAGAAAAAAAGGUCUGAAUAAUAGGGGACAGAGACAGAACCUAGACUCUGACCAGUGUGCUUACGGCAAGGAGAAAGGACACUGGAAAAACAACUGUCCCAAGAGGAAGGACCGUCUGACCCAUCCAAGAGCUCCCAUCCUCUUUGAGGAUGAUGAAUGAGGGGGCCAGGGCUCUUUUCAGUUAAGCCCAGGGGAGCCCAAGGUGGCUUUAAAUGUGGAGGGCAAACCAGUCAAAUUCUUAGUAGAUACGGGAGCCACCUUCUCUGUCCUCCGGGAGACAGACCCCUUUCAAAAGACAAAACCUCUAUACAAGGGGCUACAGGAAAAACUAAGUCAUAUCCAUGGACUCAGGGAGGCAUAACAGACCGAGGGAAGGGGAUGAUUACUCACUCCUUCCUAGUCAUGCCAGACUGUCCCUACCCCUUAUUAGACAGAGAUCUGCUCCAGAAAUUACAUGCCACCAUAUCUUUUCAUGGGGAUGCGGCAACUCUUACUGUAGGAGACAGGCCCUUGCCCAUACUUUUUUCCUGCCCGCUCUCUGAAAAAUACAUCCUUUUUGAGGCUCUGGGCCCUCUGAACCUAGCUCCUUUCUCUAAGAAUUACAGCAGGCCGUUCCCCAUGUGAGCUGAAACCAAUCCACCCGGGCUGGCCUCUCACCAGCCCCUGAUUAUUGUACAACUAACCAGCUCCACUACUCCGGUUCGAGUCCACCAAUAUCCCAUUAAUUUAAAGGCUAGAAACAGCAUCGCUAAGCACAUAAAACGACUCCGUGAAACAGGCAGCCUUGUUCCCUGUCAGUCUGCCUGGAAUACUCCACUGUUACUAGUACAAAAACCCGGAACUGAGGACUUCAGACCUGUGCAAGACCUCCGAGAGGUAAAUAAACGGGUUGAGACCAUACAUCCUACCAUGCCAAACCCGUAUACGCUCCUCAGCCUUUUACCACCUAACCACUCCUUCUACACUGUCCUCGACUUAAAGGACGCCUUCUUCUCUCUGCCACUGGCUAAGGUAAGCCAACCCAUUUUUGCCUUUGAAUGGGCUGACCCAGAGGGUGGAUUUUCAGGACAGUUGACCUGGACUCGACUUCCCCAAGGAUUCAAAAAUUCUCCAACUUUGUUUGAUGAGGCCCUAAGUCAGGACCUCUCCAAAUUCCUGCAGGAGCAUCCAGGAGUAACCCUCCUGCAAUAUGUAGAUGACCUCUUGCUAGCCGCUAAGACUAUACCUGAAUGCCAGAAGGCUACUAGAGACUUGCUAGAAGAAUUGGGGAACUUCGGGCCCCGUGUGUCAGCAAAGAAAGCUCAGUUAUGCACUGAGAAUGCAACCUAUCUAGGAUAUGAACUGAAAGGGGGAAAACGUUUCCUUUCCACUAGCCACAUCGAGGCUAUACUAAAAACCCCGACCACAGACAAGCAAGUUCGGGAAUUUCUAGGGGCAAUCGGGUAUUGUCGCCUUUGUAUACCCCAGUUUGCAGAAAUAGCAAGGCCCCUAUACCCAGCACUGGAGGGGAAGGUAGACGAGCUAAUAUGGACUAAAUUAGAGGGUGAUGCCUUCCAAGAACUAAAAAAGGCCCUCACUAGUGCUCCGGCAUUAGCACUACCUGACCUUACCAAGCCUUUCCAACUGUUUGUCUCCGAGAGCCGGGGAAUUGCUAAAGGGGUACUAACACAGACCGUUGGCCCUUGGAGAUGACCAGUGGCCUAUCUCUCCAAGAGGACAGACCCUGUUUCCUCCGGAUGGCCAUACUGUUUAAGGGCCAUAGCUGCUAUGGCAGUUCUUACAAAGGAAGCCUCUAAAUUGACUUUGGGGCAGGACUUACAAAUUAUAGCACCCCAUGCAGUUGAGGCUCUCCUCAGAAGUCCCCCAGAACAUUGGAUUUCCCACACCAGAAUUGUCCAAUAUCAAGUGCUCUUGUUGGACCCCCCAAGGAUCCAAUUCCUAAAGACUACAGCACUGAACCCGGCCAUGCUGUUGCCUGAUGAUGACCUAGCUGAACCUGUCCAUAAUUGCCUAGAGGUCCUAGACUCACAUCUACGUGCAGACCUCAAGGAUACUCCCUGGCCAGACCCUGACUCUGAUCUCUACACUGACUGGAACAGCUUCAUGGCAGAUGGUACCAGAUACACAGGAGCAGCGGUAGUAACUCACGAUAAGGUACUCUGGGCACAAGCAUUAGGGCACAGGACCUCUGCUCAAAGGGUGGAACUCGUAGCCCUAACACAGGCCCUACGCUGGGGGAAGAUGACUGUGAACAUCUAUACAGACAGCAGGUACGCUUUUGCUACUGUGCAUGUGCAUGGGGCUCUCUAUCAGGAGCAGGGACUCCUCACGUCAGAAGGCAAAGAAAUUAAAAAUAAGGGUGAGAUCUUAGCCUUACUUGAGGCCAUAUGGCUACACCAAAAAGUUGCUAUCAUUCACUGCAGAGGACAUCAGACAACUGAUGAUCCUAUAGCUCGGGGAAAUACCUUUGCAGAUCAGAUCGCAAGAGAAGCUGCCCAAAAACCAGUGGGGCCUCUCCAGAUUCUGCCUAUCCUGCCACCCCGGAGCCUCCCUGAUAUCCCCUCAUAUACUGAGGAAGAAAAAGAAUUUGGAAGAAAAUUAAAAGGAAACUUAAAUACUGCUGAGAACCAGGAAUUCGAACUCGAGGAGGCAGUCCAGGAGAACAUUGGGAAAUAGACUUUACUGAAGUAGCCCCGGGGAAAUUCAGAUACAAAUAUCUCCUUGUU